AAGAAAAUGUCAGUCAGCAUGCACGAGAAUCGCAAGUCCAGAGCCAGCACUGGCUCCAUAAAUAUAUAUUUAUUCCACAAAUCUUCAUAUGCUGAUAGUGUCCUCACUCAUCUGAACCUUCUGCGCCAGCAACGUCUUUUUACAGAUGUGCUUCUUCAUGCUGGAAACAAGUCAUUCCCUUGCCACAGAGCUGUCCUAGCAGCUUGCAGUCGGUAUUUUGAAGCAAUGUUCAGUGGAGGACUCAAAGAAAGCCAAGCCAGUGAAGUCAACUUCCAUAAUUCUAUCCACCCAGAGGUUCUAGAACUUCUCCUAGACUACGCUUACUCCUCAAGGGUCAUCAUCAAUGAAGAGAAUGCAGAGUCCCUUUUAGAGGCUGGCGACAUGUUGGAAUUCCAAGACAUCCGGGAUGCUUGUGCAGAAUUCUUAGAGAAGAACCUUCAUCCCACUAAUUGCCUUGGCAUGCUGCUUCUGUCAGAUGCUCACCAAUGUACUAAACUUUAUGAGCUCUCAUGGAGGAUGUGCCUUAGCAACUUCCAGACUAUUAGCAAAAGUGAUGAUUUUCUUCAGCUCCCCAAAGACAUGGUUGUGCAGCUGCUGUCAAGUGAAGAAUUGGAGACCGAAGAUGAACGACUGGUCUAUGAGUCUGCCAUGAACUGGGUUAACUAUGAUCUCAAUAAACGACACUGUUAUUUGCCUGAUCUACUGCAGACUGUGAGGCUGGCUCUGUUGCCAGCCAUCUAUCUAAUGGAGAAUGUAGCUACUGAGGAGCUUAUCACCAAGCAAAGGAAAAGUAAAGAGACUGUAGAAGAAGCAAUAAGGUGCAAGUUGAAGAUUUUGCAGAAUGACGGUGUAGUCACCAGCUUGUGUGCAAGACCUCGGAAAACUGGGCAUGCCCUGUUUCUUCUGGGAGGACAAACCUUUAUGUGUGACAAGCUGUACCUGGUGGACCAAAAAGCAAAGGAGAUCAUUCCAAAAGCAGACAUCCCAAGUCCAAGGAAAGAGUUCAGUGCGUGUGCCAUUGGCUGUAAAGUGUACAUCACUGGUGGCCGGGGAUCUGAAAAUGGUGUCUCCAAAGAUGUUUGGGUGUAUGAUACACUUCAUGAAGAGUGGUCCAAGGCAGCUCCCAUGCUGGUAGCUCGAUUUGGUCAUGGCUCUGCAGAACUCAAACACUGUCUGUAUGUUGUGGGAGGGCACACAGCAGCCACUGGCUGCCUUCCAGCAUCUCCUUCAGUAUCCUUAAAACAAGUAGAACAGUAUGACCCUGUGACCAACAAGUGGACAAUGGUUGCUCCGCUUCGGGAAGGAGUGAGCAAUGCAGCUGUAGUCAGUGCAAAACUUAAGUUAUUUGCUUUCGGCGGUACGAGUGUCAGCCACGAUAAGCUACCCAAAGUUCAGUGUUAUGACCUGUGUGAAAACAGGUGGACUGUACCAGCCACCUGCCCCCAGCCAUGGCGGUACACAGCUGCAGCAGUCCUGGGCAACCAGAUUUUUAUUAUGGGUGGAGAUACCGAAUUCUCGGCAUGCUCAGCUUAUAAAUUCAACAGUGAAACUUACCAGUGGACUAAGGUGGGAGAUGUGACGGCUAAGAGAAUGAGCUGCCAUGCAGUCGCGUCUGGGAACAAGCUCUAUGUCGUUGGAGGGUAUUUUGGCAUCCAGAGGUGCAAAACGCUAGAUUGCUAUGACCCUACGCUUGAUGUGUGGAACAGCAUAACCACAGUGCCCUACUCACUCAUUCCCACUGCAUUUGUGAGCACAUGGAAGCAUCUCCCUUCUUAACUGCAUGUGGGGCUUAUACAGUUUAUUCCAUUAUUUCGUGAAGAAAGUAGAACUUCAAUGUUGGAGAACUGGCUUUAAUGAAGAAAAACUUUUUUUUGAGUUUGAAGAAAAUCUUCUGCACCUUCGGCAUUCUUAAAGCUGGUAAUGAAGGAAUGGAAGAAGACCGUUGUCUUCAGUAUAUGAGCACAUGGUAUAACUAUGAAUGAAUGAACUUCUGAUCUGGUCUCUGUGCUUGUAAUUGUGGAUUAAUGUCAAGUUUAAUCAGCCCUUCAAAGCGAGGGUGGGGGGGGGAGGGGGGAGAAAUAUGGACUUCUUCAGAACGGCACAACACAGCACAACCCUCGAUUUUCAUGGACUUUGCCGUUUUUUUGUGUGUGGAAUUUGAAAUGGUUGUCACCCCUCUUUGUUGACAGUUUGAAGCGUCAGCAGCAGCUGCACAGGAAGUAGGCCAGGUCUAGGGCAUUGAGAUGUCUUUGUGAAUGAAGUUGCAGCUGCAUCCCUGCCACUGAGAUGAGCUUGUUUUCUUAAGCCAUUGCCCAGAGCAUCAGUUGAAAUGGCUGAGCUGCAUUGUUGUGGCUGACUCGAGUUACUGUCUACUUGCUAAAGAGCAAGAGAACUU